UCCUCAGAUAAAAAAAUAUUAAAAAGAACACUAUAUUCUGUCCAGUAAGAAAACUUUAAUAUUAAUGUGUUCCACCACCAUAAUAAUGGUGCUAGAGUAGUUCAUAUCUCACUCACUCACUCUGAGAGAAGAAGGAUCCAUGGAAAACACACAGAAUUAUAUGAUGAGCAUGGAAGAAUCAUUAUUAUCUAUUAAAAAGAUAAAAAAUGAUGAACAUCAUUUCAUAUUAUGGGAUGAGUUCAUUGAAGAAGCAAAGAGAUUAGGUUAUAUAGCAGCGCCGAUGAUGGCUGUGAAUCUAUCUUUGUUCUUGAUCAACGUUGUAUCGAUGAUGAUGGUCGGUCAUCUCGGAGAAUUAGCGCUCUCUAGCUCCGCCAUAGCCGUCUCUCUGUCUUCUGUUACUGGCUUCAGUGUUCUUGCUUCUCCAUCUUGGUUGUAUGUUGCUCCUGAAGGAUUUGAAACCGCUCUAAUAUAUGUCAAAAAUGAAUAUGGGAAUCCAAUCAUUUAUAUAACUGAAAAUGGAAUUGGUGAUCCGGUAGGUCUUUCUCCAUCAGAUGCUCUUAAAGAUAUAUGGAGAAUAUCAUAUCAUACUCUGCAUUUGUGGAAACUGCUUAGAGCAAUUUGUGAUCACAAAGUCAGAGUAAAGGGGUAUUUUGCUUGGUCAUUUAUAGAUAAUUUUGAAUGGACAAAUGGGUAUACCGUAAGAAUGGGGUUCUAUGCUACAGAUACGAAGCUGAUAAGAACUCCAAAAUGGUCUGUUAAUUGGUUUGAGAGAGAUUCUUGAAACACAAUAAUGCCAUUGGUGGUACCAAAUACAGUUUUCCACUGUAUUUAUGGGAUAAACAAAAAAAUUAAGAUACAUAUAUAUUUAUUCUUAUUUAGGGGAUAAACAAAAAACUUAAGAUAUAUAUGCUCUGUUUUGAAGGAAUGUUUGUAAUAAUAGAAAGAACGGAUAAUCUUUCAAAAUAUCUAUCUUGUUUCCUUUCAAAUAAAUCCUUACAAAAAUAGUCCAAUUAUAAAGAUGGGGACAUCUAAGGUGAGAGAAUUUUUUA